UAUGUGCAGUACAUGCUGAGUAGUCUAAAAGCUGCUGCUGAAGCUUCUGGUAAACCAGAAUGGGGAAGCACAGGCCCAACAGACGCCGGAAGCUACAACAACUGGCCAGAAGACACCCUAUUUUUCCGAAAAGAAGGCGGUGGCUGGAACUCGACUUAUGGCGAAUUCUUCCUCUCAUGGUACUCCCAAAUGCUGUUAGACCAUGGCGAUAGAAUCCUCACAGCAGCCACCUCGACCUUUAAUAACACCGGCGUCAAGAUAUCGGUGAAGAUCGCUGGAAUCCAUUGGCAUUACGGCCAUCGCUCGCACGCCCCAGAGCUCACAGCAGGCUACUAUAACACACGCAACCGUGAUGGCUAUCUCCCAAUUGCUCAAAUGCUAGCCCGCCAUGGCGCCAUCUUCAACUUCACCUGCAUUGAAAUGCGCAACCAUGAGCAGCCACAAGAUGCGCUCUGUGCCCCUGAGAAGCUUGUCCGGCAGGUAGCUCUAGCCACCCACAAAGCCCAA